AUGAAAUCCCCCGACGGCGACCAGGAGCUGUUCACCGAGAGCUAUUGCAAGGUGUGCAGCGCCCAGCUCAUCUCGGAGUCGCAGCGCGUGGCCCAUUACGAGAGUCGGAAGCAUGCAAGUAAAGUGCGUCUCUAUUACAUGCUGCAUCCCAUAGACGGAGGCUGCCCGGCCAAAAAGCUCCGCGCCGAGAACGGCAGCGAUGGCAACUCGGUGGACAAGAACAAGUGCUGCACCCUGUGCAACAUGUCCUUCACCUCGGCGGUGGUGGCCGACUCGCAUUACCAAGGCAAAAUCCAUGCAAAAAGGCUAAAACUCUUGCUGGGGGAGCAGCCCACGCUCAAGACCCCAGGGGCGGCGCUGGGCGCGCUGAAGCCGGCGGGCACCGCGGGGCCGCCGCGGGCGCCGCGCGCCUCCGAGCGCCACUGCCAGCUCUGCGCCGCCUGCUUCAACAACCCGCUCAUGGCGCGGCAGCACUACGAGGGCAAGAAGCACAAGAAGAACGCGGCGCGCGCCGAGCUCCUGCAGCAGCUGGGCAAGACGCUGGACCUGGGCGAGCCGCGGGGCCUGAAGCGCAGCUACGCCUGCAGCACCUGCAGCGUCACCCUCAACUCCAUCGAGCAGUACCACGCGCACCUCAAGGGCUCCAAGCACCAGGCCAACCUGAAGAACCAGGAGUGA